AUGGCCUCGCUAAAAGGUGAACUUCCAAAAGUUGAAGACCAAUCGAAACAAUCAUCACCUAUACCCGACACUGUACCCGAUACUGUCCAGGAUGAACAUAAAGCAGAACCUUCACAAAAUGCAACGACUCCGGUACCUCAUCAAGCGAGAAAGGUUUCAGAAAGUCCUCUACCUCUAAAUCAAAGUAGUAUUCUACACCUAGCUAGCCAAAAGGUAGUAGACAGCAAGAAAGAGUAUAUACUGGCUCGCAUUUAUUGUGCCACAAAUGUUUCAAAUGCAUCAACUGGUCAGCCCCAGCCUUAUGUAUUAGGAAAAUACGGACAUCAAAGUGCAGUUACCAAAGCUACUAUGACAACAACAAAUACCCCAUUUUGGAAUGAAGUUUUGGUGAUUGAAGAGAACUUACAAUCACAAGAAGAUGAAGUUUUAAAUUUGAGUAUCAUCGACGGUAAUUCCAAAGAAUUAUUGGAUGAAUAUCUCAUACCCAUGGUGCAUUUCUCUCCCAUGCGAUCCUAUCAUUUAGAACUUGUACAACCGUCUGAGGUAUCCUCUUCUGAAACACGUUUUUAUGUCACUUUAAUCAAGAAACCUGCUGAUUUACCUCAGCAAUUAUUUCAACACAAUAAUUACGGACUAGAGAUCCAGUUAAACGGUUUUGACAGCGAUCCAAGUCAUCCAGUAUUCUCUGUCGUUAGGCUUUUACCAGACUGCCAAAACUACCUGGAUUCUACGUUAAAGAGCAAACCACGACAAGCGUAUUUUUCGUUUACAACCCUUCAAUUUCCAUCACCUCAUCCUUCAUCUUUAGCUUCUAUAAUCCCCCAACACAAUAUACCACCACAAAUUUCCUCAUCUAUUAAGGAAGAAGGGAAAAUGUCGGAAAAUGAAAUACCCCAAGUUACAUUCUACUCCGAAACUGAAGAAAUAUCAUCAGACUCUACAGGAGUUAUAAUAGAGUUUUAUUCUGUUGCUGAAACAUUAAAAGAAACUUGUUUCGAUGUUAGCCAACCUUUCGCUUACUGCUUUCUUGACGUAAAUCAAGAUUUACUGAAGUUAUCACAGUCCGAUACUGUAACUAAAACUUUACCUAUUCAAGGAGCUGAAAGUGAACUAAGUUUCGGACCAUAUCCCCCGCAACAAAUUAAAAUUACAGCGAAGUUAUUUUCGAAACAGGAUACUCAACCAUCGCCAAUAGUAUCGUCUUCACCUUCUCAACAACCACAAAGAGAUGACGGAAAUGACCAAGAAGCUAGACCGUUAAGUUCAGCUAAUAGAAGCCACAGUCGUGAAAGAUCGCCUGCGGGAAAUAGGAAUUUCUUUCCUUCAUCCGCUAAACAAGAAAGACCAGUACAAUCUCCAGCAAGAAGUGAUAGGCUUUCACCUUUACCAAUAACGCCAUAUGUUAGAUCAAGCAUCCAGGACCCUACCAAAAAGGAAGUUGACGAAUUAAAAGAGCAGCUUAAUGCCUUGAAAGAUGAAUUAAAUGAUGUAAAGGAUGAGAAUAAAAAAUUACGUCGGAAAUUAGCUAAUAAUCAUGAUGGCUCCGGCCUUAUCGACGAGGACUAUGUAGGUGAUGUGCCACAUGACGAACUUGUACAAGAAUAUGUUGCAUUACAACAAAAGUAUAUGGUGGAAGGGAUUCAAUGUCGUGAAUUUCAAGCAAAAGUGCAAGAUUUACAAAAUACAUUAAUCAAGAAAAAUGAUAAUGAAAAACAUUAUAUUCUUAUGGAAAAGUCCUAUCAACUUCAGCAGAAAGAAUUACAGAAAUUACAAGACAAAGUCAGAAUUGUUCAAAAAUGGAAGGAUACAUGCCGAAAUCAGGAAAAGGUUAUACGAAAGAUGGAACUGAUGAUUAAUGCCGAUGAACCUAGUCAAAGCGGUUCUAACGAAAUUCAAGUACUUCGAAUCGAAAAUAGGAAAUUAUUAAUUGCCCUUGAAAAAGAGAAGGAAAAAAAUAACAGCGAUUCUAAAUUUAAUCAAGAAAGACUAGAACUAUAUCAAAAGCUCGAUCGAGCAGAGGCAAGAAAUAAAACACUAGAAGCUCAGAUGAUAGAAGAUGCACGUCGAUGGGCAAAAGAAAAAAGUGACUUUCAGAUUCGACUAAGCGAAAAAAAUGCGGCUGCCUACGCCAAAAAUACAGGCCCAACGGAACGAAAUCGUAAAAAUGGAAAAAAAGCAGUGUCGCCAGCUCCUCGUUCCAGGAUUAAUCCUAAAUUGGAUCCUUACGAAUUGUAA